AUGAGCCCCUGUUGCACUUACAAGCAAAUACCUAAAAUGUUAGCUGCAAGAUACCACGACGAAGUAAUCGGCAAGGCGGUCCGCAUUGCCGAGGGGGCCAUUUCUGUCGGCGCUGGUCCUGUACAGAAAACAACUAAUUACCACGGAUACCUAGCAAGUCAUUUGCGCCCUCGCUGCUCAUACCAGGGCACGACUGAGUCGCUCCCAUGUGUCACAUCAAACCGACCGGUGGCUGCGCAGAACCCAAGGGUGGCAAAGUUAAGAGCCUCAUCCGAUAAUCCCAGUGCUAUUCGCGACACAUACUGGCAGGGUUUGCCUCCCCCUGGCGCCAGUUUACUACCGGCUUUGGCAGUGAAUUCCGUGGAGUAUCACAGACCUAAAAAGAAGGUUAGAUUCAGUGCCAAUGGAUACUAG